AUGGGCAGACAGAAUGAGCUAGAUGAAAUGAAUGAGCUGAAUGAGCUGAAUGAGCUGAAUGAGCACACUAGUCCAAAUGCUGCAAAGAAAGAAAACUUGUAUCUUGUAUCACACAAUCACACAAUCCCUCAGCGAUACAAACAUAUAUCUGAUCAACUUGCCAUAUCUGCCACUUUGCCAGACGCCUUAAAUCGAAGAGAGAAAAGGACAGCCAAAAAAAGAAAUCGCUACACUUUAACGAUAAUAGCUGCAGCGCCAGUUAUUGUGCAAGACAAAUCUGCUAUUAUCCAGCCAAAUACCAAAGUUACCAUGCAGAUUAAAUUCGAAGGGGAGAAGAAUAAAUUGCCAGAGAGCCUGAAAUUGAAAGUGAAGUCAAAGCCAAAUUCAAAUUCAAAGUCACAGAAGAGCUCUCAAAUCCCAAAGAAAAGAACAAAAUACAGCUCUUGGAAAGAAGGUUUGCAGAAGUAA